CUGCCAAAUAAACGUCGGUCUCCGGAUUCGUCGAUUCUCCCGGAGAAACGUAACAGCUGGUGGCAGCGGUGGGAUGGAUCGACGACGCCGGGUUCCAUGGGUGCUGUCGUAUGCUGAAAGUGGAAUCUAUGGAGAGACUUGGUCUAAGGUAACAGAGGAGUCUAAAGAGGGUGCACCCCAAACAAAAAUUUUAACAAGACACGAGGUCUCCUUUCAAGAAACUGAAGUCAAAGAAAAGACAAGUGGCAAUAAAAAGGUAUUUACGCCUAUUCAAGUGGUAGACUACAAGGAAGAAAUCACCACGCAAGAGAACAAGGAUGACUCAAACUUCAAGCAAGACGUCCGCCUUAAAAACUACUACGAGGUCGAUUUCUCCCAACCAGGAUUAGAAGUUUACGAAAAGCACCCCUGCCUUCAACGCCACAAUUCAAAGUUAUAUACUCUUGCAUUUGAAGGUCCUGGAGUGGUCGAUACCAACAAGGCGCGCUUUCUGCCACAGUUAAGGAGAGCUAUAAAAAAGGUCUGCAAUCCCGAAACAAUGCUGAGGUUCGAGUUUGUUGACUUGCGCAGUCCCAAGAAGAUAUCUGAGAAAAUAGUGUACCUGAGAAUCCUUGAACCGUUCGAUAGUAACGAAACAUCGACUGACGUGUUUGCCACAAAGAUCAGAGAGAUCGUAAACAAGGAGGAGUUCGCGGUAUGCUUCGUGGGUGUCACGAUAACUUUAAAUGAAAAAUUAAUGCAAUGGAUAGCAAUAAACGGCACGUUCAUCGAAGAAAACCUUCAAACAAGCGUAGCUAAUUCAAGCAGCGCGAGUGAAAAUAAAAGUGAAAUUAAAAAAUGCUCUGCAUAA